UCUCUCUUUCUCACGAAGCCACACGAUUCCCCUUCUAGUUGUAGGACUAGUGGUCAACACUUGAGAUAGAGUGCAGUAUGAGUUUCAUGUGGACCGUUGCGAUGCUGAUUAUAGCCUUAGUGGUUGUGAGGAUCAGCCACUGGCUUUUCCGAUGGUCAAACCCUACGUGCAAUGGCAAGUUACCACCGGGAUCAAUGGGUUUCCCGAUCAUCGGAGAGUCAAUUGACUUUUGUAAGCCUCAUAGGUUUGAUGGUAUCUCGCCCUUUUUGAAAAAGAGGAUGUUAAAGUACGGACCGUUGUUUCGGACCAACAUUUUUGGAUCUCAUACCAUAGUUUCCACCGACUCGGACGUGAACCUUGAGAUUUUACGGCAGGAGAACAAGUCUUUCAUUUUAAGUUAUCCGGAGGUUCUUGUGAAGCGAUUGGGAAAAGAUAGCUUGGUGUCCAAGGACGGAAACAUCCACAAGCACAUGAAAAAAAUUACUCAUCAACAUCUUCUUGGCUCAGAGGGUUUGAAGCAAAAGAUGAUAAGAGAUAUGGACCGAGUGACCCGCGAACAUCUUGAAUCUAAGGCUGACAGUGGAAUAUUAGACGUUAGGGAUUCAGUGGCAAGCUUGGUAGUCGCGCUCAUGGCACCAAAGAUGAUAAGUAGCCUCAAACCGGAGACUCAAAAAAAGUUUAUGGAAGAUAUCAAGGCCUUCAAUUUUGACUGGUUCCAGCUAUCCUUUACUAUCUCUGGUUGGGAGUUUCUCUACAAAGCCUUUAGGGCACACAGAGAUGGGACGAAGUUGAUCAAAGAUGUUUUGACGAAGAGGAAAAUGGUGGGAGAGAAGUACGGAGACUUCCUUGACACAAUGUUAGAAGAGUUGGAGAAGGAAGGCUGCUUUUGGAAUCAAGAUUCAGCUGCAAAUCACAUCUUCUUUAUGUCCUUCGCUUUUCAAGAAACUACCCCCAAGGCCACUUGCUUGGCUGUGAAGUUCUUGUCCGAAAAUCCAAAAGUGGUCGCAGAACUCAAGAGAGAGCAUGAGGCGAUCCUUGAGAGCAGAGAAGAUAAGGAAUCUGGGAUCACUUGGGAAGAAUACAGACAGAAGAUGAGUUUUACAAACAUGGUUAUCAAUGAGACGCUUCGGUUGAUCAACUUUGUUCCAUUCUUGUUUAGAAAGGCUGUGAACGAUGUCGAGAUAAAAGGAUACACGAUUCCUGCGGGUUGGAUAGUUUUUGUUGCGGCUCAAGUGGUACAUUAUGAUCCUAAGACCUACGAAAACCCUUUUGAGUUUAAUCCAUGGAGAUGGGAAAGGCAAGAUCUGCGUUCUGGUUCUAAAAUGUUCAUGGGGUUUGGAGGUGGGGUGAGACAAUGCGUAGGAGCAGAGUUUGCAAGGCUUCAGAUGGCAAUCUUCCUUCACUAUCUUGUCACCACUUACGAGUUCUCAAUGGCCGAAGACUGUGCGGUGUUACGGAAACCAGGGCUCCUCUUCCACAAGGACCUCUCUAUAAACAUCUCUCGCUUGAAGUGAACCUUAUAGUUUCCAAAUCUCAACAGUCUGAUAUAAAAUCAGUUACAAGCUAUAAAUAGUUGUGACAAGUAUCUACGUAUGGUCUGAUUGAUGAAUGUGUUCAAAAUUCAACCCCAUAAUCGCUUAUUGAUGUCUUGGACUGUUACAUAUAUACUUUUGGGAAGCAAAAUACUUUUCAAUUUUACUCAUUCAA